AUGUGGUCUGUUGACCGGAUCGCAGCAGGAGGCAGCGAAUGCAGCGCUCAGGAAUUGGAGAGCCGUGCAGCCUGCUGUGCAACUCGAUGCAAGGACCGCAGCACUCAGUUGCCGAAAGACGGUGAAGGCCGGGAAUUGCACCCGAGAAUUGAACAGAGAAAACAAACGCCUCACUUCGACUGCACCCUUGUUGACUUGUCAGAGGAAGGUGGUGAUGAUUUUGAACGUUUCGUCGACCGUCUACCGGGCUUUGAAUCAAAACGCAAAUCGAGUCAAACUUUCCUCAUCGUGUGGACAACCAUGAAGGAGGAAAAGGACGGAGAAAGGCAGUCGCGGCACGUGCCGAUUCCUCGCGUGCCGGCACGUGGAGAAGCGACUCUUUCCUCCUCUGCAGGAAAGAAAAGUCGCAUUUUCGAAGAAAACCCCCGUCCUCGCAAACGCAAGUCACGCCCAACGAACACCUUCCAAGGCUUCCCCCUCUCCCCCUCUCCCCCUCCUCCCCCCCUUCCCGACACUCUCCCCCCCGGACUGAACCGUAUGAUCCCGGAUACCAGUGAGAGGAGAACCUUCGCCAUGAACGGAUACCUCCUUGCAGUCGCUCUUCUUCUUGCUCUGCCCGAAGAGGGCCUUCUGGGAUUCGGAUCGAAAUCUUCCGGAACUUGUAGCCAAUACACGACAACAGGCCCCCUGCUCCGUUUCGCCUUCAAAAGCCUGUCCGCGGGAAGUUUCAUUGGAAUCGGUCAUAAGUUUCAGUUCAAUCGAUAUCGUCGGCUAACGAAAGCGUGCCGCCAUGCAGUGGCCAGCACGUGCGGACGAUCGAGUUCGGCCAGAGGAUCCACCCGGAGCAGCUGGUUCCAGCGGUUGCUGGAUCUCUUCCGACCGCGGCGACGCGAACCAGCGGCGGCGAGGCAGAACCCCGUGAUCAUCGGGGGCACCCCCGCCACCAUCGCGGAGGCGCCGUGGCUCGUCUACGUCUCCACCGUCAAGUCCAACGGAACGUUUGGAUGCACGGGCUCCAUCAUCGACCAGUAUCACGUCUUGACCGCCGGUCAUUGCAUCGUGGACGGGUAA